UAUUGGCUGUCUCGUUAUCUCCUUAAUAUCUUGAACUAGUGUAUUUCCUUUCCGAAUUCUCAAACACAACACAAAUAAUAGCAAUAGCACCAUGGUUUCACUCACAAACCUCAAAGAUUGGUACAAAGGUGACACAACAACACUCCUCAUAGCACUCUUAACAAUUUCCAUAAUCACUUGGUACUUAUAUCUCUACUUCUUCAAAUCUAAAACCCAAAACCUACCACCAGGCCCACCGGGCUUUCCCAUCUUCGGAAACCUUCUAUCACUCGACCCAGAACUUCACACUUACUUCGCCGGACUAGCCCAAGCCCACGGCCCAAUUUACAAGCUCUGGCUCGGAAGCAAACUCGGUAUUGUUUUGACUUCACCUUCCACAGCACGCCAAGUUCUAAAAGACCACGACACAGUUUUCGCCAACCGUGACGUCCCUGCCGCCGGUAGAGCCGCCACUUACGGCGGCAACGAUAUAGUAUGGACCCCCUACGGUCCACAGUGGCGUAUGCUGAGAAAAAUCUGUGUCGUGAAGAUGCUUAGUAACACAACUCUUGACUCCGUUUACGAGCUCCGACGAGGUGAGGUUCGGAAAACGGUCGGGUAUAUUCAUGAUCGGGUAGGGUCAACGGUGAAUGUUGGUGAGCAGGUUUUUUUAACGGUGUUGAAUGUGAUUACGAAUAUGAUGUGGGGUGCGGGGGUGGAAGGAGAAGAGAGGGAGAGUUUAGGGGCGGAGUUUAGGGAGGCGGUGGCGGAGAUGGUGCAGCUAUUGGGGAAGCCGAAUUUGUCGGAUUUUUUUCCUGGGUUGGCCCGGUUUGAUUUGCAGGGUGUUGUGAAAGAUAUGAAUGCUUUGGUGCCUCGCUUUGAUGGGAUAUUUGAGAAGAUGAUUGGUGAACGAUUGAAGAAGGAAGAGGAUGGGAAGGAGAAUAAUGGGAGUAGGGACUUUCUGCAGUUUUUGUUGAAUUUGAAGGAGGAGGGUGAUUCUAAGACACCGUUUACAAAUACUCAUGUUAAGGCUCUACUCAUGGACAUGGUAGUGGGUGGAUCAGACACAUCCUCCAACACAAUUGAGUUUGUAAUGGCAGAAAUGAUGAACAAACCAGAAGUGAUGAGGAAGGUUCAAGAGGAGUUAGAAACUGUGGUUGGAAAAGAUAACUUAGUAGAAGAGUCUCAUAUUCACAAGCUAACCUACUUACAUGCAGUGAUGAAAGAAACUCUUCGUUUACACCCUGCACUUCCACUUUUAGUCCCUCACUGCCCAAGUGAAACCACCAACAUUGGAGGCUACACAAUUCCAGAGGGAUCUCGUGUCUUUAUCAACGUUUGGGCUAUUCAUAGAGACCCUUAUGUUUGGGAGAACCCACUAGAAUUUGAUCCUACAAGGUUCUUGGAUGGUAAAUGGGAUUAUAGUGGGAAUGACUUCAACUAUUUCCCUUUUGGCUCUGGAAGAAGGAUUUGUGCCGGAAUAGCAAUGGCUGAGAGGACGGUUUUGUACUUUGUAGCCACCCUUGUGCACUUGUUUGAUUGGACAGUUCCUCAAGGAGAAAAUCUGGAGGUGUCGGAGAAAUUUGGUAUUGUUCUAAAAAAGAAGACACCUCUGCUUGCCAUACCCACACCACGACUGUCAAAUCCAGAUCUUUAUAAAUAGAAUCGAAUAUUAUAUUCACUAUUCAUAUUAUCAUAUAAGCAAUUGGUAGGUUGGGAAAGUGUGUGUAUUCUACGAUUGUUGAUGCUUGUAAAAUUGUUCAAAACUUCAAUGAUGUUCGGCGUCACAGCUUUUAAGUAGAAGUUGUGGUUCUCCAUGUCAGUAUGGUUGAGAUAGUACCAUGAUCGGUGUUGAUUGCGAACAAAAAUAAAUUGGGUUUUGAGAAACUAAUAUUUGGUUGGUUUCCUGGUUUUUUUAUUGAACAAACAUUGAUUGUGUCACUUUCUCAAUUGUGAGGACCAUAAAUACAUUGAGCUUAUAACUACGGAGAGCUUCAUCGAUCAUUGUUAGAGUUUUGAGCGAUUUUCAGGAAUCAAUCCACCAUAGACCAUCUGAGGUAUUUCACCACCCUAAUCACCGCCUAUAAUAUACUCUAUAUUGAUCAAGGGAAUACGAAAUCACUGCUCAAUGCUGAUAUAAUCA